AAACUAAACGGUCAGCAGUCAGCCUGCGUCAAAUAUUUAUUUGCGAAAGAAAAGCUAAGAAAAGCAAUUUAAACAAUGUUUCGCUUACCUUUUGGCAAGAAACAUGCUGAAAUAGCAACUUCUUUCGUACGCUCUGGAAUGGGCUUUGGCGGAGCCGCUGGCCUGGCGCUGCUUUACUACACAGACUGGAAGCUGGUGCUGCAGUAUAUGCCCAUCUAUGGCUCCAAAUUCGACAAGAGCGAAUAAAGAAUUCUUCAACUAGUUUAAUGACGGGUGAAUAAAAUAGUUUCAAAACAUUA